UGUAAAUCAAUGUUCUUAUGUAACGCUGCAAAAGGAACUCUUUGUUUUAUUUCAGCAGAUUUGGCCGAUAAAGUUUUUAUUGUGAUUUUGAAGGCAGAAUCUGUUUCCUGUCCAGGAUCGUCAUCUUCUUCAUCCAAGCCGCUGGCUGACAACAUACAGACAGACAGACAGACAGACAGCUCCUCUGCUGCCGCAGAGCCUCUCGCGUUGGUGGGUCCGGUUGUCGCCAUGGGAACAGUGCUCUCUCUGUCUCCUGGCUCGGGGAAAGCUCGAGCCCCAGAGCAGCGCGUGAAGGAGGAGGAGAAGAAGAAGAAGAGGCACCCAGUGCUGCUGCACGCGCUCAGAUGGAAGAAACGUCUGCUGGCCGCACGGGCAAAGAGGAAGGGCGGGAAGAAGGUGAAACCAGAUGAGUCCGAGCACGUGCACACGCAGCGCGACACGGACAGCCGCCACCGAGCACUGAAGGCCGGACACAGACCUGGACCCAUCCCGGUGCCCGUCCCCACCGUCCCGGGAUUUAACCAGACCCAGAACCAGAACCAGAACCAGGACCAGGACCAGGACCAGGGGAGCCUCUCCCCACCCAGGGUGGUGGUACAGGCAUCUACAGGCGAGCUCCUUCGUUGUCUCUCUGACUUCCUGUGUCGCCGUUGUGUCAAACUAAAGGAGCUGUCGUCCAAUCAGAUCGUCCUGUGGUUCAGAAACGUAGACAGAGCGCUGCUGGUCCAAGGCUGGCAGGACCAGGUCUUCACCAGUCCUGCCAGUCUGGUCUUUGUGUACCUGCUGUGCCGGGCAGCGGUAGACGAGGACACAUCUUCGGAGCAGGAGCUGCACGCCGUCUUCCUCACCUGUCUCUACCUGAGCUACUCGUACCUGGGCAGCGAGAUCUCCUACCCGCUCAAACCCUUCCUGCUGGAGGCCAGCCACAAUGCAUCCUGGGAGUCCAGCCCCGAUGCAUCCUGGGAGUCCAGCCGCGAUGAUUUCUGGGAGAGAGCGCUGCAGCUGAUCGACAGGCUGAGCACCGACAUGCUGCGGAUCAACGCUGAGCCGCACUUCUUCACCGAGGUGUUUCAGGAUCUGAAAAAAGAGGGACGAGAGAGGGAGAAGCAAGAGAAAGAGAGGGAGAGGGAAAAGGAGAAGGAGAAGGAGAAAGAGAAAGAGAGGGAGAAAGAGAGGGAGAAAGUGAAAGAGAAGCAGGAGAAAGAGAACAAUGGAGGAAACAGCAUCGAUGAUCUGGAUCGUUAAGAGAGAAGAAAAGAGGAGACCACAGUAUUUACACUGCUACGUUUCUCCCUCUCAUUCCUCCUGCUCUGGUGUUUCCCCCUCUGCUCUGGCAUUUCCCCCUGCUCUGGCAUUUCCCCCUCUCAUUCCCCCUGCCCUGGUGUUCCCCCUCUCAAUCUACAUUUCAGAAAAGUGUCAGAAAAGCAGCCUUGUUUUCAGCUUUGUGGCGAUGCAUUUUACAGCUUAUCCAAGAGGAUUUUUAAAGACUUUAUUUAUGUAAUUUAGGAGAAGUUUCUCAACACAUAAAGGAACACACUGAAUCCUUCAGUUCAUCACAAACAUUCAACAUCAAGACUCGCGGGGUCUCUAAGCAGGCAGUGUUUGUGGCAAAGUCUUGAUAAGUUGCAUAGCAUGUAAAUACUCAAAGUACAAGUAGGCUACCUUGAAUGUGUACUUUAGUACUCACGUUCACUGUACUAUAGUAAAUGUACAUAGUAACAUCCCCCCCUGGUGUAGAGGCAGUAAACAUGACCUUUUGCAGACACAACAGAAGAAUACUUCUAUAGUUUUGUUCUAUACUUCUGUCGUUCUAUAGUUUUGUUCUAUACUUCUAUAGUUCUCUUCUAUACUUCUAUAGUUCUAUAGUUCUCUUCUAUAGUUCUAUAGUUCUCUUCUAUAGUUCUAUAGUUCUCUUCUAUAGUUCUAUAGUUCUAUACUUCUAUAGUUCUAUAGUUCUCUUCUAUAGUUCUAUACUUCUAUAGUUCUAUAGUUCUCUUCUAUACUUCUAUAGUUCUAUAGUUUGUUCUGUGGAUAACUGACAUUAAUGCUGCACAUGUAAUGCACAUUGUUAUUUAAACUACAUCUUUGUUAAAUUACAUGAUUUUAACUUUAAAUA